AUGUCCUCCGCCGACACCCGCCCAAUAACACCAACCCGCUUCGCCGAGGCCCUAAAAGACCUCUCCCUGCCGACCCUGCACCUCAAAGUCCUCGAGAUCCGCAACUCGAUCCUGCACCUAGAGUACUCCAACGCGCAGCUGAAGCCGUACGCGGAAGGGUCCGCCACGACGCUCGACGCAGCCGACGCCGCCGCCGGCCGGCCCGACCAGGACUGCGUCGAGGCGAUCCGCGAGAACGAGGCCGUCAUCGCGCGCAUGCAGGAGCGCGUCGACCUCAUCCGCGCCGAGGUCGAGGAGCGCGGACACAACUGGAACGAGUUCCGCAGUAAGGAGGAGGUGGAAGCUGAUGCUGCUAUCGCUGCGACGACGACGACGACGAACGGCGCGACUGCGACUGCGACUACGAACGGAUUAGGUGCUGCGAGGGAGGAGGAAGAGAGGGUCGCUGGGCGAGAGACGACGGCGGCGACUACGUCAUCGACUUCGCAACAUCCCGCGUGGCUCGACGGCACGUUCCAGACGGGCACGAUACGUAACGGCGAGAUCCGGCUCGAUGCGCAGCCCGCACAGCCGGCACAGCAGGCCAACGGCACGGGAGGCCGUUUAACAGACGAGGAACUGCGUCGGGCGAUGGAGGAGCGGAUGAGAGGUCUCGGUCAGGACGACGACGACGACAACGAGGGUGGAAUGCAUUUGUAG